CUCUCGUUUGAUUGGUCAAAAGUUCAUAGCCCAACCCCACACUCCGCCUUCCAGACUGGAUUAAUAUUGUCAAUGUUCGCUCUCCAAGUUCUUUUAUCGUGGACAGAAGUCUCUCAACAGUUGGGUCAAACCACGACAAGAAGUCCCGCAAAAGUAAGACUGAAUUCAGCAGCAACAAUGGCGGACAUUGCGAGGGCUAAUGAUGCCGGACUUUCAGCAGCAGAAACCACUAAUGGAGACCAACAGACUGUUGUGACUCGUGUAAGCAACUUGCCGCUGGUCAGUUCAGCUUGCGGGGUGGUUGCCAAUGCCUACAGCUCCACCAAAGACAGCGUGCCAUUGCUGAAGGGAGUGAUGGGCGCCGCUGAAAGCGGUGUCCGGACACUGGGAGCAGCUGCGGCCACAGGAUCCAAACCCCUUUUCAACAUUAUUGAACCACAGCUGGCUACAGUGAACGAAUACGCCAUGAAAGGUCUGGACAAGAUGGAAGAGAAGCUGCCUAUUCUUCAGCAGCCAGCAGAAAAGGUGGUGUCGGACACAGUGGGACUGGUGUGCCAGUCGGUGACGGGAGCCAAAGACGCCGUGGUGGGGGCCGUGAUGGGCGGCGUUGAGCGGACCCGGGCGGCCGUCAGCGGAGGCAUCAGCACCGUAAUGGGCAGCAGCGUGGGCCAGAUGGUCAGCAGCGGGAUGGGCCUGGCCCUCAGCCGUUCCGAGGACUGGGUCGACCAGAACCUGCCACUCACUGAGAGGGAGCUGGCGGCUGUGGCUGAGCCUGCCAUAGGCGAGGUAACCGCCUCACCAGCAGCCACCCCCAGCUACUUUGUCCGUCUGGGCAAACUCUCGGCCAAAGUGCAGGAGCGAGCCCUCCAGCAGUCCCUGGUUCGCGCCCGCCGAGCCAGAGAUACCACGCACGCCGCUGUGGCCCAGAUGACCAGUACUCUGGAUCUGCUGGAGACCACUCGUAGCGGUCUGGGUGCAGGCGGCAACCAGAUAGGCGGCGCCAUGGAUCAGCUGCAGCAGCGAUGGAUGGAGUGGAGUCAGAAGCAGCCUGGAAAUGGACAAUGUGAUUCAGAAUCCAAUGAUGAGACUGAGGUUCUGCCUUUAGAAGUAUCUAUGAAAAAUAGUGAAAAAAAUAACAAUGUAAAGGGAUAUUUCUGUUACUAUGUUUCACUUCUCUCAAAGCGCUUGGAGUGGCGUGUGCUCUCCAUGGUGCGAGGUCUGAGCGAGCAGCUGCGUUCAGCCAGCUCCAACGUGGUGUCGAGCGCUCAGGGUCUGCCAGGCGCAGUCCAGGACCAGCUGACAAAGGCGAAGCGGUCAGCUGAAGAGCUGCACUCCAGUCUGGGUGACACCAGCGCCCUCACCCCACUCCUCCUGGAUAGGAGCCGUCACCACUUGACCCAAGUUCAGCAAUCUCUGGACGGCGUCAUGGAGUAUUUGCUCAACAACACCCCACUCAACUGGCUGGUGGGGCCCUUUGCCCCCAUGAUCACGGAGAGGGUGGAGGAGCAGGACGUGGGGUCACAGAGCACAAGUUGAAGACUUUUCUCCAUUUCGUGUGGGAAGACUCUCCCAGCUAAGCACUAAUUCGAAUUAAUGAAAGCCUUGAAAUCUUUUAGUGCAUCUUACUAUUUAUACCUGAUUCUCUGCCUGUUUGUCUCAAAGCACAACAUACCAGUCCGCUGCCUAUAUACUUCCUGUGUGUUUCAAUUGCAGUAUUAUGUAUCGGAGCAGCUAAGCGAGUGAAUAAAGCGAUGUGAAACAUUA